AUGAACGACAAGAUACUGAAAGUCAUCAAAUCAGACAACGCAGAUGAUCUUUCACUGUUUUUCACAAAUGGUAUGGAUAUUAAUACACGUUUACCUCAAACACACUUCAAUAAUGUCGAAAUGUUCAAAGAAUGUCCACCAUUACACUGUGUGGCAGCAUUCUUUGGCUCAAUUCGUUGUCUCAAGUACUUAUUCAUGAAUGGAAGCGACUUAUUACUUAAAGACAAGAAAAAUAGGAGUAUCAUUCACUUCGCAGCAGCAGGAGGAUCUUUAGAAAUCGUCAAUUUUCUUUCUGGCAUCGUUGUAGACUUAGACUGGAGUAUUCAAGAUUCAUAUGGUGAUACGGUUAUCCACUAUGCAAUCUUUUAUAACCAUCCAGACCUCGUAUAUUGGUUUUGGUACCAAUAUAACAUGAACUUAUCAGUUCCAAACAAAAGAAAAAUGACUCCUCUACACCUUGCCGUUGUAUCCGAGAACGUUGAUUUAAUCGAGUUCUUAUGUAAAAAUGGAAGUAAUGUAAAUGCAAAGAACGUUCAUUCCUAUUAUAUGACAUUCUGCUUUACCAAACAGAGGCAUUCACUUUAA